AUGUCUGACCCUGCCAAAUACACCAUAGGAUGGGUGUGCGCAGUCGUCGCCGAGUACGUCGCCGCCCAGACAUUCCUAGACGAAAAGCACGAUCACGCCGAAAGAGUCUCUCAACAUGACAAUAACGAGUACACCCUUGGUCGUAUGGGCGCUCAUAAUGUCGUUAUCGCCGUUUUACCCCUCGGCGAAUACGGAAUUUCCUCCGCCGCGAGCGUCGCGCGGGACAUGGUUCAUUCGUUCCCAAACAUCCGCGUUGGCCUUAUGGUCGGGAUCGCCGGCGGCGCGCCAACUGCCGAAAAGGACAUCCGUCUAGGGGAUGUCGUGGUCAGCUCCCCUUCUGGGGGCCAUGGUGGCGUAUUGCAGUACGAUUUUGGAAAGGCCAUACAGGGUCGAGAAUUCCUGAUGACGGGCUUUCUGGAUCAGCCGCCUUCCGUCCUGCGUACUGCAGUUGCCGGGCUUCAAGCCGAUUUCGAACAGACGGAUGACGGCCUCAAUGAGAUGGUUGAAAUGGCAUUGAUCAACAGGCCUAGAAAAAUGGUCAAGAAGUACGGCCGACCCCCGUUAGAGAUGGAUAAGCUUUUCCGAAGCGACAUUGUAUCUGGAGAUGACGGGCCGAUCCUCAACCCAACGGAAGACAUGUUCAUUGCACGGCCUCCCCGGACAGACGAUGACGAUGACCCGGCAGUUCAUUUCGGUACGAUUGCGUCUGCAAAUAGGCUGAUGAAGGACGCAGAGGUCCGUGAUAAGCUUGCGACUGAACAUGGAGUAUUAUGCUUUGAGAUGGAGGCUGCCGGGCUUAUGAAUCAUUUCCCCUGUCUCGUCAUCAGAGGUAUCUGUGACUAUUCUGAUUCGCAUAAGAAUAAGGACUGGCAAGGCUACGCAGCUAUGACAGCUGCUGCAUAUGCAAAGGCUUUGAUAUGUCGUAUUCAGACAACGAAGCUUGAGGCUGAAAGGAAAGUGAGGGAGGAGAUAGCUUCAGUUCGACAAGAAUUGGAAGAUCACGUCGAUGAUACUCUUCUCAGCAAGCUCACCGUGGCUGAGGGUGCCAACUUCAGAGAUUACCAUGAUGAGCAUGAGCCCAGGUGCCAUCCUGAAACCAGAAUUGCCUUGCUGCAAGAGAUUCAAGCAUGGGCGCGAAGCUCACACGAUCGCCGCAUCUAUUGGCUCCACGGGCCAGCCGGUACUGGGAAAUCAACUAUUUCUCGAACCGUUGUAAGCAGCCUUUUCAAAGACAACCUUCUUGGUGCAACGUUCUUCUUCAAGAGGGCCUCACAUGUGCCUGAGUUGCUGCAAUUCAUUGUGAAAGCGAUCAAAGCGACGGACGACAUAUCCUCGAAGAGCAUUGCCGAACAAUUCCUCAAGCUGGUACUUGGCCCUCUAUCAGAAGCACGAAGUGUAAGCAACAAGAGGUUCGUCAUUGUCAUAGACGCUUUGGACGAAUGCGCGAUCGAGGAUGACGUUAGUUUACUGGUUUCCCGACUGUCUGAGCUGGUCAAGUCUGAGAUUAGUAACGUUCGCAUUUUCAUCACCAGUAGGCCGGACAUCGCCUCACAAUAUGCGUUCCAUGGAAUUCAUGGGUACUACCAGGAGAUUCUGCUACAAGAUGUUACCCGAAACAUGAUUACUCACGACAUCACUGUCUUCCUGCAAGACGAAUUGUCCAGAAUAAGGUCAAGAUGGAACACCAGAACCCCCCUCGAACAACUCGACGCGGAUUGGCCUGGGAGCGAGAGAAUCGAGGAACUCGCUCGCAGAGCCGUUCCUCUAUUCAUCUUUGCUGCAACUGCCUGUCGCUUCAUUCAAGACUAUGACUUUGGAAGCCCAGAGAAACAGCUUGCUCGUUUCAUCGACGCCGCCAGAGAUUGUGGGAUCAACGACAAACUCGGCCCGACAUACAUGCCUGUUCUCCGGCAAUUCCAGGCCAAUAGGACCAAAUCGGAAAAGAGGCAACUUAUGGCAAUGUUCCAACGAGUCGUUGCGAUCAAGUGCAAGGCGUCCUCGAUCGUCUACGGCCUGUACUUGAGAGCUUGCGAAACCCUAAUUCUGCGAUUCAACUCUUUCAUCUUUCUUUCCGCGACUUUCUUCUGA